GUGUCUCCGAGCUGCAGACCGGCUGCUGCUGAUUGGUGGACGGGACGUUUCGGACGGACCGGACUGCGGGCGGAAACAAGACCCUGUCCCACAUUCAGCGGAUGAAACUCAGGAGGAGAGGAACUCUAAGAGAGGUGAUCGGAUUAUAGAGAAGUCAACGACGGAUAAAGACAUUUAAAAGACUCGUUUUUCGACAGGGAGCUGUUCGAGAUGUCUUCAAAAAGUUUGCUGCUGUUGGUUCUUCUGUGCGCGCGCGCUGCGUCGGCUGCCAAUAACGUCAGUAAAUAUCAAAGGACCUUCAUCUUCUAUGACAGUCCAGAAAUGGAGGAUCUGGGACAAUAUCUUGAAACUGAUCCCACUAAAAAUCCUGCUUCUGGAUCUCGCCUGGCACAUAAUGUAACCAACACCAGCUGGAGGGAGCUCUCAGGGGAGGCAGAGCUGUUUCUAACUGGCCCUGUAUCCACAAUACUCAUCCCUUCCUUCUACACACUGGUCUGCCUCAUCAGUGUGCCAAUCAACAUCUGUGCGGUUCUGAUCUUUACUCGGAGGAUCCAGCCAAAGAAGCCUGCUUCGAUCUACAUGCUGAACUUGGCCUGUGCUGACCUGCUCUUUGCCAUGGUGCUGCCCUUCAAGAUCUCCUACCACUUCAACGGCAAUGACUGGAUCUUCGGCUCCGCCAUGUGUCGAGUGGUCACCGCUGCUUUUUACUGGAACAUGUACUGCUCUGUUCUGCUCAUCGCUUGCAUCAGCGUGGACCGGCUUCUUGCUGUAGUCUACCCCAUCAACUCCCUGUCUUGGCGGAGUCCUAGAAACGCGAUCAUAGCCUGUGUAGCGAUGUGGAUUCUGUCCUUUGUUGGGUCACUGUAUUUCCUGCUGAGUGAACAGACUAUUUCACUUACAAAGUUGAACAUCACAACAUGCCAUGACGUCCAGCGCUCACAGCUCUUCUGGGUCUACAAAACAUACUUCAUCACCCUGUGCUGCCUCCUCUUCUUCCUGCCUCUGCUGGUCACCGUGGUGUCCUACACUCGGGUGAUCUUGUCCCUGAGCAGGGGGGCAGCGGGAGUUCCAGGCCGCUCACGCAAAAGAAGAAGAGCAGUCGUGAUGGCUUUAACCGUGCUGGUGAUGUUCGUGCUUUGUUUCGCCCCCACAAACUGCUUCCUCUUCAUGCAGCAGCUGCAGUUUAACCAGGGAGACAAGUCAAGUCGUGAGGCCUCAGACAGCCUCUACAUAAUCUAUCUGGUGUUUCUGUGUUUGGGGAGCCUCAACUGCCUCCUGGAUCCUCUGGUCUACUACUUUGGAUCAUCCCAAUGCCAGAGAGAGCUAUCUAGUGUGCUGAGGUGUCAGAAAAUCACCAAGGGCACCAGAAGCAGUCUCUCAUCCUCUGAUCAAAGCAGGUCCUCCAGCAGAACUCUUCUAAAAUCCAGCCGUAAAGAUAGCUCCAAAGUGAGCACUCCUCUCACCAAAACGGACUCAAUCCAAGCCAGCCUCAGCAGCCAGUACAAGAAGCUCAUGGUCUGAUACACCCUUGCAGAGGAAUUCUGGUAUUUUCAAACCUUUGUGCUUUUAAAAAAAUAUAAAUUGUGGGAUCCAAAUAACUUAAAGGUACAACCAGCUUUGGAAUUGCAGGAGUGGACCGCUUUAGUCUUUAUCUGUGAGACACAUGAUCGAAGCAGCCUUAAACAAGGAACUUCUAUGUUUUGAAACAGCUGUAAAUGUCUCAAGUGGAAGUGGUACUUCUGCCGUUUAAAAUAUCAUACCUUACCAAAAAAGGGUAUGUCUCUGUAGCCUUUAUUUUUUUAGUGUUGUGACAUACUUGCGGCCAAAUUCCACCAGAUCUGUGUCCGGUCCGUUUCCGAUCCGUCACAGCACCAAAUCUGACAGGUUUCUAUUCUAGUCAAUGUGUUAACUUCCACUGGAUCCACUCUGUUGUGUGCGUCUCUGAUCCGGCAGGUCCCAACAGAUCAGAUACACAAGACUUCUAUUUUUCCCAGAUGCCGGAGUACGACGCAUCAAUCUCAACAGAGCAGAUGGAGCGGGACAGGAAGUCAGGCACCAAAACAAAAUGAAAACAUCCGGUUAAUUUUCAGAAUAAAACACUCUGUGUUAUCACCAGAUCGUAUUUCAUUUAACUACAACAACAAACCAUCAUGAUGAGCGGAGCCAGGCCUGGAGUCAACAGGUCCGAGGUUUUCAGAGGACCAGAAAGACAACAUGGACGAGGAGAGGAGGAGGAGAAUCCUUGAUUCAGUGAUUACCGCGGGAAAACCUCGGCCACAUGACCCCAGCUGUCCGGCGGUCCUGCUCCGUGCUGCGUUACGAAAACGCAAGCAGUGAGUGUUGGACGCAAAGCCGGAGACGGACCAGACACGGAUCUGGUGGAAGUCCUGUGUUAGAACCACAAUCUGAGCCUAUCAUGAAAAAAAACAAGCACUUAAAGUUAAUGCACUGUGACCUUGGGAAACUUCCCCAAAAUGUGUUGCCAGCUUAAGAAAGCAUUUAACUUUGUACCUUUGAGUUGUUUAGACCCCAAAGAAGGAAAAUAACAGGACCACGAGUUUAAAAACACCAGAGUUCAUCUUUAAUAAGACUGACUCACCCAUAGUUUUCAGGUAAUGAAACUGUGGAUUUUUUUAUUUUGCAAUAUGAGUACCAGCAAAUGAAGAAUACUUCAUUAUUCCCUCUAUUGUAAGGGAAGUGAAAAAACAUAUCAUCAUAAACAACUGAAAGUCUUAGUUUCCGAGGAACAAAUGUGCAAAGGAAGAGGGGCCUACUGUAGUUACAACAACAAUGAAUGGUAGGAAGCUGAUAAGAAUGUGCUCUCUAGAAAACUCUGAAUCCUAUGGCUCUCAUUUUUCAACUGUAUUAUUAUAAACUGUAAAAGAAUCUAGAAGUAUUAUUUUUUAAUGAAAGGAAACUGUUGUUUUUGUAGUUUUUUAGUCACUUCUUUGUUAAUAUGUCUGUGAAUUAUCUCAUUUUCCAGCACUUUUGUCUCACAUUUAAAAAUGUGACUACUUUGCACAUGAAUACUCACCGUAUUUUCACCUCUAGCUGGUUAGAAAUAAUAUCUUACCAUAUCAUGUGACUGUGUUUCAAAGAUAAUCUGUAUGCAACAGUUAUGGGCUGUUCAUGCAUUAUAUCCUGACAUCUUUAGCCUCAUGCUGCACUCUGCUGGCUGGAGAUGUGAACUGCUUCAGGUGUACUAGGAAAUCAUCCUAAUUAUUCUUCAGGCUCUUUUUUCCUCCAGCAGGUGGCGCUGUUAUACUUCUUAUAAACAUACUCUCACUGUUUAUUAGUCUAAAAAAAGAGUUAGCACAAUGUACAGGAACAACUGACAGAUUAAAUCACUUUAUUGUCUUAAAAUUUAAAAAUAAAACAUGUCUGUGUUGUAUUUU